UUUGUUUUCUAGAAAAGGCUAUUUACGAUUGGACAUAGAGCGUGACAUUCACGUGCUGCACAUCCCCCAUUAAAAGCUCCCUCGCUCCAUGCUUUCAUUUGAAAUCAACAGCUCUGAAAUUUUGAAGUAGAUGGAAACGGAACAAGAACAAUUGACAGAAGAACAACGCAAACGAGCCGAAUCAAACCGGGCCGCGGCCCUAGCCAAGCGGAAGGCAAUCCUCUCCGCCGCCGAUCAAAAGAACGAUUGCUGGGAACUUUUCAAAUGCCGCAAGAUUUCUUCGACCGCCACCGCCAAUUUCCCCGUACCCAAACAGCCAAUUACCGCCGAAUCAACUGGAACAGCCCCAAAACCGGAGAAAUUCCGGGCCCGAAUCGAAAUAUGCUCGCCCGAUUCGUUUUCCAUCACCCCUGUUGCUGUUGAGGGUUUUGUGUUCCCUGGGGUGGAUGUUUGCUUUCAAAUGCUUAGCGAUUGCCUCUCCAAUGUUGAGUUAUUACACUACACCCAGAUCACUGGGGGCGGUAAUGCCGGUGUCUACAAGCUUGGCGAAUAUCAAUCAGUCCUAAAGUCCAUAAAGAAUUGUAAGGGCAUUGAAUGUGACGAAAUACCUUGGGGAACCUUUAAUGUUGUGCAGAGAUUUUCACCUUCCUUCAUUGCUGGAAAAUGGAUACCUUGCAGGCCUGAACAUGUAACUGAUGAGAAAGUAAAUGAGUUGAUGGCCGAGCUGCCCAAAACUUUGCUAGAUGCUUUGUUACCUUUUCAACUUGAUGGUGUUCGUUUUGGGCUGAGGAGGGGUGGUCGGUGUCUCAUAGCAGAUGAAAUGGGACUUGGGAAAACCAUACAGGCUAUUGCACUGGCUGGCUGUUUCAUGAAGGAAGGUUCUAUACUUGUUGUUUGCCCAGCUAUUUUGCGAUAUUCAUGGGCAGAAGAACUGGAGCGCUGGUUUCCUUUCUGUUUGCCCUCUGAUAUACACCUAGUUUUUGGUCAUCAAGAUAAUCCUACACGGUUAGCUAAACGUCCAAGAAUUGUGGUGAUAUCGUACACUAUGCUUCGUCGUUUGCAGAGUAGCAUUCUGGAACAAGAAUGGGUCACUUUGAUAGUUGAUGAAUCACAUCAUCUACACUGCACCAAAAAAACUUCAGAAAAAGAUGAGCUAAAAGCUGUACUUGACUUGUCUACGAAGGUGAAGCAUCUUAUUCUACUAUCAGGAACUCCCUCUUUGUCAAGGCCUUAUGACAUUUUUCAUCAGGUAAAUAUUUUAUGGCCUGGUUUGCUUGGGCAGACCAAAUACGAGUUUGCAAAAACGUACUGCUGCAUCAAACUUAUCCGGGGUUGUCAAGGGAAAAUUUUCCAGGAUUUCUCGAGAGGAACACGCUUGGAGGAAUUAAACGUUUUACUGAAGCAAACUGUUAUGAUAAGACGCCUGAAGGAGCAUGUGUUGCUGCAGCUACCACCCAAACGUCGGCAAAUAAUAAAAUUAGUUUUGAAGAGAUCAGAUAUUAAUUAUGCUAUGGCGACUCUCGGUCUUGAGAAUCUUGAUGCUUCUGUAGACAGCGAUGCUGAAAAUGAACCUCUUAAUGUUUCGGAUGAAGAUCAAGAUAAAGAAGACAUGAAUAAGAAAUUGUCAGAAAAGCUCUCAGCUCUUGGUUUAGCUAAACUACCCGGAUUCUUUGAGUGGCUAUCUAUACAUCCUAUUAUGGUGGAGGCAGAUGAAGAUGAAGAUGGAACCACAAAAAAGAGUUCUAGUUCCCACAAAAUGAUCAUAUUUGCUUAUCAUCAUAAGGUGCUUGAUGGGGUGCAGGCAUAUCUAUGUGAGAAAGGAAUUCAGUUUGUUCGCAUUGAUUGCACCAUAAAUGGUAACGAUAGGCAGUCAGCUAUCCAGUCCUUCCAAUCAUCAAACGAGGUUAAAAUUGCAUUGAUUGGUAUUCGUGCCGGAAGCUCUGGGCUUAACCUAACAUCAGCAGACAAUGUUGUGUUCCUUGAGCUACCUACGAGACCUGGUGAUAUUCAGCAGGCUGAAGAUCGAGCUCACAGGCAUGGGCAAAAGAGACCCGUGAACAUAUAUAUUUUCUGCGCAAAGGAUACUUCAGAUGAGUUACAGUGGCAGAGGCUUAACAAAAGUUUGCUUCGUGUUUCUUCUACUGUGAAUGGGAAGUAUGAUGCGAUAAAGGAAAUAAAGGUCGAGAGUGUUUCUUAUCUUGACGGCACCAAGAAUACAAGUGAGAAGAACAAGCCAUUAGUGAAAUCUCAAAACUCUUGUGUGGAUGAUGAGACACAGCUUCCAGGGGGGUCUUGUGAAACAAGUGUAAAGGAGAACAAGGUUGAUGGUGAACCACACAAGAGUGAAGCAACAUUAAACGGAGAUGGAUGUGUCAACGAAGUUGAAUUUGAAGUGGAAAACUCUAUCCAGUCAACCGCUCUUCGGUUUGAGGUGAGCCAGCAUACUGGAAGGAUUCACUUGUAUUCUUGCACCCCAGGAACAAAUUCAAGACCACAACCACUUUUUAAGAAUUUUAGGCAAGAGGAAGUCGAGUGCCAUCAACUUGGAGAGGAAAAAGAGAAAACGCAUAACAAAUCAACAGACGAUAGUUCAGUAUAUAUCGGAGCUCUAAUGUCUUUCAUCAAUGAAUGGAAAGAGCUCCGCCCUAUUGAAAAGAGGAAACUGAUCAACAAACCUUUGCAACUUCCACUUUCUUAUGAGCUAUGCUAUUUGAAUGAAAGUCUUAACCAUGAUAAUGGGGGAUUGCUAAAGGGUGGAAGUAAAAGACGUAAGACACCUUUGGCUGAGAUUAGCCAUCCAUUACCAUCAAAUGCUGUUUGGAAAAAAAUAAAUCUCGUUGGUAGUCGUUCUCAAAAAGAGAAACUUUACACCCAAGGUUGGUCCGACAUGGAUGAACCUCUCUGCAAGCUCUGUCAGACUCCUUGCAAGGGAAACAAUGCAAAGGUACCUCAGUUCUUUGAGGACCUUUUCUGUAGUAUGGAUUGCUUUGGAGAAUAUCGCUCACGAACUAGUAAUAGAUUUCUUCGCGAGGAGCUCUUCCAAAUUGAACAUGGCAUUUGCACAAAUUGCCAAUUAAACUGUCAUCAACUUGUGAAGCACUUACGAGUUCUAUCACUUGAGAAACGGCAGGCGUAUAUCAAUAAAGUGGCUCCAAAUAUAGCAAAACGUGAAAAACUACUGGAAAAGCUUGUUAAUGAACCGACGGGAGGCAAUGCUUGGCAUGCAGACCACAUCAUAGCUGUGUAUAAAGGGGGAGGUGAAUGCAAGCUAGAAAACCUGAGGACCCUCUGUGUUGCUUGUCAUGCUGAUGUCACCACCGCACAAUGUUCGGAGCGGCGUAUUGCUCGGAAGAAGGCUAAGAAACAACUCAAAGAUGCUAUGAGUAAGCUUGCAAAUAUCAACAAGUCCAAAAAAAUUGGUAAUGUGCUCCAGGUUCGUGAUUUAGAGGUGCAAAGCAACGAAAUGGAUCACGAUCUACUAAUCGAGAUUCCUGGGAGUGCAUAUUCGGUACCAAAUGUUGAUACAACCAACAUGCAAAAUCUUGAGCAGAAAAUUAUUGCCAAGUCUUCAUCUGAAUAUGAUAGCUGCUCUGGUGAUGGUGAAACUCCAACGGUCGUUCACAAUCAAAAACCGGAAAAUCCGUCUGAUAAUCCUGUAGAUGCUGGCGUUAUAAGGUGACUGAAAAAUGAAUUUUUUUGUAUUCUAUCAGUGAGAAUUUUUUUUCUGCACAGCCUGCGUAUCUUGUAAUCUUUGUAUCCGAGAAAAGAAACUGAUAUUUAUAUAUACGACUUGGUAUGUUAGUAUCCUAGUCGUUGUGCAACGGACAAACGCUGGAGUUGUGGUAAAACAAAACACUUUUUCUAGUUUUAUUAUACAAAUGUUGUAGCAUUUUUG